UAAACCAUGUUUGUUGUGUGACGCGGAGCCAGGAGGACCAUGUGGGAGCAGAACCUGAAGAAGAUCCAGCUGCACAACCUGGAGCACUCCAUGGGCAAACACUCCUCGCUCCUGAACCGGUUUGGAGACAUGACAAACGAGGAGUUCAAUCAGAUGGUGAACACCUUCAAACCCACAGCAAACAUGAAGACCAAGGCUCCUCGGUUCUCCAAGCCCAGCUCCCUGAAGGUCCGUCCCAGUGUGGACUGGAGGACUGAAGGCUACGUUACACCUGUGAAGAACCAG